AGCGAAAAAAAAAAAAAAAAAAGAUGAGCUCACCUGCCCGUGUGUUAUGGGCGACGUGGUUGAGCACACUUGAAGAGAAGCGCGGAAAAAUACCUCCUCGGGGUGAGGAGUCCACUUGAGCAUACGAACGGGGGAUGUGCACAUGUGACCGCCCCGUAUGCGCGCCGAGGGAGGAGCGCGUAGUACGCGGCCUCUACAACGUUGCGGGUUAGAAAGGCGCCACAUGGUGUCAGGGGCAGAGCACUGCUGACACUCCGGGGUUUGAAGAAAAAAAAAUAAAGUAAAAAAAAAAAAAAGAAACACACCAAGUUGCACCAAACUGCGUCACCCUAAAUUGCAUCAAAUUGAAGUGGCAAAGAAGCCAAACGGCAAAGAAGUCGAACGGCGAAAAACAAUGCAUCACAUCAGUUGACGAAUCGAGUGAACCAUCGAAAAGGAACAAAUCGUGAGCAGCAUAAGUGUACACCCACAGCCCAAACGAGCGAACGCGCAGCUUCAUCGCCCAUUAAAGAGAAGGGCUCCCCUACCAACAGCGCCAGCGAAAGCUCGGCAAAUGAACGACGCACAAAAUGAAGUACUCAGCUUUUAAGAGCUCCAUGAGGUUCGCCGCCAAAUUUUGCGGCAACAACAACUACAAGCUCUACGUGAACAGCGUGCCCCAGUUUUCGACCUUCACCUACGGGAAGCACCUAAAAACCAACCCGCUGACGAACAGACUGGACGACUUGCUCAAGCGGAACUCCACGCUGAUCAGCACCAUCAGCAUUAACGGACUGGACGACCUCAUCACGCAGUCGUCGAAAAUCGAAUCCAUUUCAAUUGCAGACUGGCUGCUCAACCUAGUGGAAGAAUAUCAAUUAAUUCUAUCACGUGUAAAUAUGACCACAAUAAGCAGUUGGUUUUCCAUUAGGAGCAUUAAUGAGUUGCCAACAUGACGUUUUUACAUGAGCAGAGAGAAUGCAGUGAAAAGUGUCCUCACAAGAUUGUUCGCGCAAAAUUGAAAAGGGAGAACAAGCUGCCAGAGUGUCACGUCCGUGUGAAUGUUUCAGCCUCGCGUUAGCUUCGUACCAGCUAUGUACCAGUUUCGUGCCAGCUAUGUACCAGAUUCAUGCCAACUGUACACCACUCCACCCCAGCCUUACAUGCAAUUUUAACUUUGAGUGGCUAACCUCAUUGCAGUUUUGUUUCCCCCCUUUUUGUGCCAUGUCCUGGUGGGAGUAGCGCUGAGAGGGGUAGAGCGCCCACCAAAGCACGCGCGCAUAUAUAAAGUAUAUAUGUGUACAUGUA